AUGGGCCAGACCGGUAGCAUGUGUCGCUUCAAUGGUUGUCGUUACAAGCGAAACAAGCAAGGACUGCACCUGCGCAGCAUAGAGGAGCCCCAAAACAGGAUGCCCACCGAGCAGGGGGGCACAGCGGGGGGCCUCGAUACUACGUUGGGCUCCCGUUCUGGUGUCCCCCUGCCGCUACCACCGCACACCACACACCACUACCAUGGCCACCACAAUCACCAUCAUCUCUACCACGGUACCGGCGUGGCCAGCGGCAACGGGGCCGUUGGCGCCAGCGGGACCUACGAUGCGGAGUUCGCGCGGAUGGAGUCGUGGCUCGACGAGAACCCCGAGUUCGUCCAGGAUUACUUCAUCCGCAAGGCGACGCGCAACAUGGUCGACGGGUGGCUAGUGUCCCACGCCACGCCGGUCACCACGGCGGCUAACGCUGUCGACUCGCCCACCCACGGCGGCGGCGGCUGCCCCAACCAACCCGGCUCGUCACGCGGUGGCUCCGGUGCAACAACCCCCGUCAGGAAAAUAUCGGCUCACGAGUUCGAGCGCGGCGGUCUGCUGAAACCCAUCGUCAACACCAUCGACGGGACACCGACGUUUCUCAGUAUCAACCCACAGAACGACUCGUCGGCGUCGGGCAGCACGCAAUGCUGCCCGCACGGUGUGCCCAACUGUGGUGCCGCCAGCCUGCGGCCACUCCGUCUGUCACGCAACGAGCUGAAGCAGCUCGACGAGCGGGAGCUUAUUUUUGAGCUGGUAAAGGACAUCUGCAACGAUCUGGAUGUGCGGUCGCUGUGCCACAAAAUUCUUCAAAACGUGUCAAUUCUGCUGAACGCGGAUCGUGGGUCGUUAUUUUUGGUGCAGGGCAAAAGUACCUGCGGUGGCGACAAUACCAAAAAAUGCUUAGUAUCGAAACUGUUCGACGUGUGCUCCAACAGCACGCUGGAGGAAAUGGAGCAGCAGGACGAGGUCAAGGUGGCCUGGGGCACGGGCAUCGCGGGGCACGUGGCCGAAAGUGGUGAACCAGUAAACAUACCGGAUGCUUACCAGGAUGACCGUUUCAACCGGGAAAUCGAUGUACAAACUGGCUAUCGUACAAAGGCUCUACUAUGCAUGCCUAUCAAGGAUGCGUCCGGCGACGUCGUUGGAGUGGCACAAGUGAUAAACAAACAGGGUGAUCAAUGUUUUACGUCAGCAGAUGAAAAGAUAUUUUCAUCGUACCUACAGUUCUGCGGCAUCGGACUUCGGAAUGCUCAGUUGUAUGAAAAGUCUCAGCUCGAAGUGAAGCGCAACCAAGUACUACUGGACCUCGCUCGUAUGAUUUUCGAAGAACAGAGCACAAUCGAGCACAUGGUGUUUCGAAUUUUGACCCACAUGCAAAGUUUAAUACAAUGCCAAAGAGUUCAAAUCCUAUUGGUACACGAGGCGUCGAAAGGGAGCUUUUCGCGCGUUUUCGAUUUCGAAGCCAACGAUCUCAGUGGCGAGGACGGCGAUGCUCGAACCAGCCCGUUCGAGUCCCGUUUUCCGAUCAACAUUGGAAUUACCGGCUACGUAGCGACCACCGGAGAAACUGUAAAUAUCGGCAACGCAUACGACGACGAUCGAUUCGAUUCCAGCGUCGACGAUGGGCUUAACUUCCGCCACAAAACCAUCCUCUGCAUGGCUAUCAAAAAUUCCUUAAGUCAAAUUAUAGGUGUAAUACAACUGAUCAACAAGUUUGAUGAACUUACUUUUACCAAAAAUGAUGAAAACUUUGUGGAAGCAUUCGCCAUCUUCUGCGGGAUGGGUAUUUACAACACGCACAUGUACGAGAAGGCGAUCAUUGCGAUGGCCAAACAGAGCGUCACACUGGAAGUGCUCAGCUACCAUGCGUCGGCCAGCAUGGACGAUGCGUACCGGUUACGGCAAUUAAAAGUGCCAUCGUCGGCGUUCUUCAAGCUUUACGACUUCAAGUUCGAUGAUCUGAUGCUGGACGACGAUCACACACUGAAGGCAUGCAUACGCAUGUUCCUGGAUCUCGAUCUGGUGGAGCGGUUUCACAUCGAGUACGAGGUGCUCUGCCGCUGGCUGCUGAGCGUGAAGAAAAACUAUCGUAACGUCACGUACCACAACUGGCGGCAUGCGUUUAACGUGACGCAGAUGAUGUUUGCCAUCCUGACGUCGACCCAGUGGUGGAAGAUCUUUGGCGAGAUUGAGUGCCUUGGAUUGAUCAUAGCCUGCCUGUGUCACGAUUUGGACCACCGUGGGACCAACAACUCGUUUCAGAUCAAAGCCUCGUCGCCGUUGGCACAACUAUACUCCACGUCGACGAUGGAACACCACCACUUCGAUCAGUGUCUGAUGAUCAUCAACAGCCCCGGCAACCAGAUUCUCUCCAAUAUGUCCUCGGAGGACUACAGUCGCGUGAUAAGAGUGCUAGAAGAUGCCAUACUGUCCACCGAUUUGGCCGUGUACUUUAGAAAGCGUGGAGCUUUUCUGGAGCUGAUCGAACCGAAUGCUGAGAUGAGCGUUUGGCAAGCUGACGAGCCACGAUCGCUCCUGCGUGCCAUGAGUAUGACCGUUUGUGACUUGUCGGCCAUUACGAAACCAUGGGAGAUAGAAAAGCGUGUCGCCGAUCUGGUAACCUCCGAGUUCUUCGAGCAGGGUGAUAUGGAACGACAGGAGCUAAACAUCACACCGAUUGAUAUCAUGAAUCGGGAGAAGGAAGAUCAAUUACCUAUGAUGCAAGUUGGUUUCAUUGACUCGAUAUGUAUUCCUAUAUACGAGGCCUUUGCUGCUCUGUCGGAUAAACUUACGCCAUUGAUCGAUGGAGUACUGGAGAAUAAGAAGCACUGGAUAGAGCUUGCACAAAAUGCAAAAGAUGUCUACGCCAAUAACAAUAACACGAGCGAAACGACCAACAAUAACAACCACUGUACGAAUCACGACGAAGCGAAGGAAAACGAGGACAAGCCGGGCAGCCAUCUUGGAUCCCCAACAAGUAAUGGCACCGAGAGUAAGAUUAUACAAGAUCUCGAUUGUACUGAUAAUGGUCACCAUAGUAUAGGUAGUCAAGAGACCAAUAAUAGUUGUAGCAACAUAACGGAGAAGAUCGUUGGACGGCUGGGCGUGGAUCUGGCCACACCGCCGUACGGCGAGAAGCUGUCCUAUCUGGUCGCACAGAAGACAAACGGAUGGGUAAAUGGAGAUAAGGUGCGCUUGCUGCGAGUUUCGUCCUCGGAUGGUAAAUCGAACGAGCUUCUCCUGCAGGACGAACAGAACAAGCCACACCAACAGGCCCUGGACGAACCCGAGCUACUGGAAUAGUGAGGCAACGAGGCGUUGUCAAGGUCAAUGCUUCCACUGAACACCAACAUUCAAUCCAUUUGUCCGAUAUGAUUCCACUUUGACUUUCCCGUUCCAGUAGAAUGUCCUAGACACUCUUUUGCAUUAUCGUGCUCUCUCACCGUUGUUCAAGAAUGGGGCAAUGAUAAUAUUCGUGUAGCACUGAAUACAUACUAGUGAGCCACAGUGGCCAUAAUCACCUCUCAGUCUGCACCGACAUGAUUUCCUUAACGCCGUGACCAUGUACUUUUAAAUCCCAUAUUUAUCAUCCUCGCCUGUGGCACUGCGAGGUUCUAUUUAACAAUCUAGACUUUCCCUGUACAUAUUUAGAGCAAUUGUUUGUUAAGUGUUAAAACUGUACAAUCCGUGCUAAGAAACUCAUCGACCACACACACAUUCACGCCCAUAUGAACACUGAUUUCAAGCAUUUUACUUAAUUAACAACACUUUCCUACCCCGAGGUUUCGGGCUGCAAAUACGUGUGUUGAAAAUAGAGAAAGGAUCCUAUUAAUACAAAAACCCCAUCAGCACUAGUCAGCAGAAUUGUGUAAUGUUUAGUAUUGCGAGGGAGGGUGCCUGCAUUCUCAUUAAGUACGCUACAAUUUAACGACUCAAACUUAUAAUAAAACAAACUACAGUUAGUAAAACGCACAUACACUACUGGUGUACGGUAACGUUGCAUUAUUUGAUGGACCAUUAUAAAUAUGUUUGUGUAACAGUAAUCGUGUCAUAGUUGGAAAUUUAAAUUCGUAGAGGUAGAUGGCAUAAUGCGUGAUAAAGUGGGCCAUUCAGCCAUUUUCCCCCUUCUGCAGAUUAUAUUCACGUUCGUCCCGGAAAGUCACCUUCGUUCGUAGCACAAGGUAGUAAAUUAUUGUACAAAUCGAUCAUAAAUGAUUGACGUGAACUUUCAAAGUGUCUUCAAUUUACGUUGACCCUCGUGUGCGAAUACCAUAUCAAAACUGGUUUGUCUUGCGACUUUGGUUGCUAUUAUUGACGGACAUGUUGGAAGCUAAGAGAACGUAAGUGUUUGUUAGCUGCUACUUUCAGUCCACACUACACUUGCUUAAAACCUACCGUAUCUUCAGUACCGUAUGCGCAAUACGCAAUACUAUCUGCAA